ACACCAGGCAGAGGUGGAGCCUGACUGCCCAGUUCAGCCCAUUCUCUGGAGAUAUUUUUUUUUUGACAUCCCGACUUUAUCGCCGCACUCACACAAACACCCAGAAACACACAGGCACAUCACUUCACACUUUUCACAUACUGUAUUCAUAAAUAGAUAAGUUACGUUUUUGGACGCAAACUGAAUGAGCGGCGAGAGGAGAAGCAGACAUGGCCAGGUCAAAGGGGCAAGUGUAUGCGUGUUGCGCACUGAUGCUGGUGUUCUGUGUCAUUUUCGUGUCUGUGUGCAUCAGUCAACUCGGGAGGCGCAAGUGUCCACAAGGUUGCUUCUCUCAUGGUGCAGUGGCUGCAGACACCGGGACAUGUUCACAAAUUGGACGGGACAUGCUUCAAAAAGGGGGUUCGGCGGUAGAUGGCGCCAUUGCUGCUCUGCUCUGCACUUCUGUCCUGAACCCUCAGAGCAUGGGCCUUGGGGGCGGAGCCAUAUUCACAGUGAUGGACAGUACUGGAAAAGUAAAGAUCAUCAAUUCCAGAGAGCGUGUCCCUGAGAAGUACAAGGCCGAUACAUUGCAGUCAUGUCCCGAUUCUUCCCGUUUCUUGUCAGUUGUCCCCCAUCCUGGUCGCCUGUGGAUUGGAAUCCCAGGAGAAAUCCGUGGCUAUGAAGAAGCGCACAGGCUUUAUGGCAAGUUGCCAUGGGCAACCCUCUUCCAGCCGACCAUUCAGCUGGCCAGACAGGGGUUUCCUGUUCAACAAAUCCUUGGUCAAUACCUGCAUGUUUGUGAUACCAACGAGACCCAGCCACUGCGUGACCUGUUCUCCGAUAAAAAUGGAAACCUGCUGAAAACAGGAGAUGUUGUAAAAUUUGAGACACUUGCCAACACAUUGGAGACAAUUGCAAAUCUUGGAGCAGAUGCUUUCUACACUGGAAAAAUAGCGGAAGAUUUAAUCCGAGACGUACAGGAGGCAGGAGGGUUGCUGACAUUGCAGGACUUGGCAUCUUACAGACCAACAGUGAGCGAUGCAUGGACAAUUCCUCUGGGAGAAUAUCAGAUGUAUAUUGCUCCACCCCCUGGAGGUGGAAACAUCCUUAGCUUUGUCCUCAACAUCCUGAAAGGAUAUGACCUGACUCCAGCAUCCCUGAGAGGUGAACAAAAAACAUUAUUUUAUCACCGCUAUGUUGAAGCUCUGAAGUUUGCGAACGGAUUAAAGAAACAUACCCGUGAUCUUGAGCUGACAACGAAAUUCACAGAGGACAGCUUCGCCGACUACAUCCGCAGUUUAAUCAACGACAAAAUGUCACACAGUCCGCAGUAUUACAACAUGACGCCAUAUCCAGACAGCAUGGGCACCACACAUGUGUCGGUGCUGGCCCCAGACGGUUCUGCUGUUUCUGUCACCAGCAGCAUCAACCACAUGUCAGUACUACCGAGAUUUGGCUCAGGGGUCUUUUCUCCAAGCACCGGAGUCAUCCUCAACAGUCAUCUGUGUGACUUCUGUGGAAGAGUUGACAAAUUAUUUGCAGGGGAGCAGCCUCCUUCAUCCAUGGCCCCUACUGUAUUCAAGUCAAAAUCAAGGGUGCUGGUUAUUGGAUCAACUGGUGGUGGUAUGAUCACCACUGGAAUGGCCUCAGCAAUCAUAAACCACCUUUGGUUUGGGAAGAGCCUUAAGGAGGCGAUUGCCACUCCAAUUUUAUUUGUUGACUCUGAAAAUGCAGUGCAGUUUGAGUCCAAUUUUGAUAAGGAUGUAAUCGAGGAUCUGAAAGCUCUGGGACAAAAAGAAAAACCUGCCAAGAAGUUUUUCACUGUGGUCAAUGCUGUGGAGAAGGAGGAUGGAUGUAUCAGUGCAGUGUCUGAUUUAAGGAAACUGGGUGCACCAGCUGGUUACUGAUGCUGUGCAUCUGUCAACAUGGAUAUGGAAGCAAGAUUUGUGGCGCGAAGUGAAUGCAUCCUACUGUUGAAUGUAACCACGUGGCAUGGAAACACAUUAAAACUAAGACAGAAUAUGUCCCGGUAGUACAUUUAAUCUCAAAGGAUAAGAAGAAAGCAAGAUGAAUAGUUCUGAUGGGAGUAGUGCCUCUCUUCUUGUCAUGGCAUUCAACAAACAUUUACUGUUCAGUUGCGUGCAAAGCUUGCACGAUUUCGUCAUGAGCGGAAAUUAUAACUCUACAAGACAUUUAUUCCUUGAUUUCUUUUUUUUUUUGUUUGUUUUGGUGAGGAUUUUCAAAUACACUUUUUAAUUUUUUUUUUUUUUAAAUAAAUAAAAAAUAAAUUUCUGGUCAUAUAAAGUUCCUGUCGGCCAGGUGGUUUGCAUUACAUUGUGAUGCCCUGGUGAACGUGGCCAACUAUUGACCAUCAAACUAUGCGUUAUGGUAACACGUCUCCAAUAUGGGGCAAGGUCAAACUUAAAAAUAAAAACCUAACAGGUAAAACGGCACUUGACAUCAAUGCCUUGCUAGGUUUUAUGGUGACUUUGGACCUUGCAGCAAUUGUUGUGGCAACUAGCUCUGGCUUGACUUCAACUUUUCAAGUGGAUGCUGGCCAGUCUUCCUGACAGGGCUGCAAUAUGCUUGGUUUGCAAGUGAAUUUGGUGUAUGUUUUAAUAUUUUCAGUGCGUAUGCCUACCACUGAGCAAUAUGCGCAAUCCUGGUAAGAGCCAGCAGUUUUUGGGGAUGAUUCUUGUCGCUGUGCCACAUUUACUUCAGGGGUUGUAUGAGUAUGCUGUGCUCUUCCUGACUUUUAUCAGGGGGCUCCCGAUGCAAAUGACACAGCCUGUCUGAGAACAGGAACAAUAGUUUUCCUUUCCAGGAUCAUGCAUCGGAUCUCAUCUGAUCACAAACGAAAUGGGCAGCCAACGCAAUGAUGCAAAAGGGACAGAUGAUUCACAGUCACUGGCUGAAAAACAUGUUUUGAUACAGCCGCCCUAUCUAGAGCAGUCCUCAAUAAUCACCGUCCCAUUUUCAGAAUCCCCGUCAAUAAAUCCUCUGAGCUAAAACCGGA